GCUGUGUGCGUCUGUGUUGCAGAGACUCACACCCUGAUCCACGAUGGCAGGGUGAGCUCACACUCCCCAGACAUCACUGUGAGAGCCAAGCUGGAUGACGAGGAGAUCGGCUACUAUGACAGCAAUAAAGGAGCGACUCCUGAGCAGGACUGGGUGAAGGAGGAAAAGUACUGGGACAUGAGCAUCCAAUCAGCCGUUCCAGUCCUCAAGACCUGCAAAGACGCUGUGAGACCAGAGGCUGAAAUCCGCCAGCAGUUUGGCUGUGGGCAGAGCGAUGAUGGGAAAACCAGCUCAUUCUGGAACAUGACCUACAAGGGGCAGGAUUUCACCCUGGACAGGGACUCCUGGAGCUGGACCUCCGAGGGCCAGAUUCCCAGCGAUCUGCCCCCAGAACCGAACAGAAGGCGCGUGGAGCAGGUCCUGGACCAGGUCUGUCCUGAGUGCCUGAAGACGCUGACCAGACGCAGGAGGGCGGCUGUGGGCAAUGUUCACGGAGGAACUCACUCGUACCAGUACAUCUAUACUGCAACUGUGGGAAUGAGUGAAUUCCCAGAGUUUGUGGUAGUGGGAAUGGUGGAUGGGGAGCAGGUGAACUACUACGACAGCAGUAUCAAGGAGAUGAUUCCUCGACGGGAGUGGGUGAAGGGAGCAGUGGACCCCGACUUCUGGAACAGGGGCACACAGAUUCUACUUGGCUGGCAGCAGACUUUCAAGGCUGGUAUCGAAAUUCUAAGGCAACGCUUCAACCAGACUGGAGGAGUCCACACGUGGCAGCUGAUGUACGGCUGUGAGCUGGACAGUGACGGCACCACUCGGGGGUAUUUUCAGUUCGGCUACGAUGGGGCAGAUUACAUCAGCCUGGACAAGAGCACCCUGACCUGGACUGCGGCCAACCAGAGGGCUGUCAUCACUAAGAACAAGUGGGAUGCUACUGGCGCUGACGCCAGGUUUCAGACAAAUUACCUGGAGAACACCUGUAUCGAGUGGGUGAAGAAGUACGUGGAGUACGGGCGGGAGACCCUGCUGAGGACAGAGCGCCCCCAGGUGUCUGUGUACUCCAGAGUCUCUGGGUCUCAGGGGCCUGAGGUGACCUGCCUGGCCACCGGCUUCUUCCCCAAGGACAUCGUGGUCCACCUGCAGAGAGACGGGCAGGACCUGCAGGAGGAUGUGCACAGUGGGGAGGUGCUGCCCAACGGAGACGGGAGCUUCCAGGUCAGGAAGAGUCUGAGAGUGAGCGAGGAGGAGCUGAAGAGACACCAGUACUCCUGCAGAGUGGAUCAAGAGCCCCGACACAUCAGAAUGAGCAGCCCGGCCCGUGGCACAACACCAGGCUCGGACAGGAGCAGCUCCAACACGGCGGUGUCGUGCGGGGGCCUGACUCAGACGAUCACGCAGAAGGCUGGUGUUGGUGUUCGGCUCUUCAGAGCUGCUCGCUUUCCUGUGACGGGGCCCUGUCACAGACUGGACCCCGGGCGCCCCACUUCGUGUGUAUAUAAGGACGACAAGGCCUGCUGA